CCCGGACACUGCGCCCCGGCUGCGCACCGGGAGGCACGCGGCGAGCAGCAGCGCCAUCCUGGAUGCGGACGCGCAACUUGGAGCAACUUUAAGAUCCGAGCAGCCGCCGGCCCGCGCCGACCCAGAGCAAGAAGGGGGCAAACAAGAAGAUGCCUCGGCCCGGCCGAAACACGUACAGCGACCAGAAGCCGCCCUACUCGUACAUCUCGCUGACCGCUAUGGCCAUUCAGAGCUCGCCCGAGAAGAUGCUGCCGCUGAGCGAGAUCUACAAGUUCAUCAUGGACCGCUUCCCCUACUACCGGGAGAACACGCAGCGCUGGCAGAACAGCCUGCGCCACAACCUCUCCUUCAACGACUGCUUCAUCAAGAUCCCGCGGCGGCCAGACCAGCCGGGCAAGGGCAGCUUCUGGGCGCUGCACCCCAGCUGCGGGGACAUGUUCGAGAACGGCAGCUUCCUGCGGCGCCGCAAGCGCUUCAAGGUGCUGAAGUCGGACCACCUGGCGCCCAGCAAGCCAGCCGACGCUGCGCAGUAUCUGCAGCAGCAGGCCAAGCUGCGCCUCAGCGCGCUCGCGGCCUCUGGCACGCACCUGCCGCAGAUGCCUGCUGCCGCCUACAACCUGGGCGGCGUGGCGCAGCCCUCCGGCUUCAAGCACCCUUUCGCCAUCGAGAAUAUCAUCGCGCGCGAGUACAAGAUGCCUGGGGGGCUGGCCUUCUCCGCCAUGCAGCCGGUGCCCGCCGCCUACCCGCUCCCCAACCAGUUGACUACCAUGGGCAGCUCACUGGGCACUGGCUGGCCGCACGUGUACGGUUCCGCAGGCAUGAUCGAUUCGGCCACCCCCAUCUCCAUGGCUAGUGGCGAUUAUAGCGCCUACGGUGUGCCGCUGAAGCCGCUGUGCCACGCAGCGGGCCAGACCCUGCCUGCCAUCCCAGUGCCCAUUAAGCCCACGCCGGCCGCAGUGCCCGCACUGCCCGCGCUGCCCGCGCCCAUCCCCACCUUGCUCUCGAACUCGCCGCCCUCACUCAGCCCCACGUCCUCGCAAACAGCCACCAGCCAAAGCAGCCCCGCCACUCCCAGCGAAACGCUCACCAGCCCGGCCUCCGCCUUGCACUCGGUGGCGGUGCACUGACCCUCAGCGGCCGGGGCCCCUCUUGUUCCCCUCCCCGCCAGCUCAUUCGUCUUCCCCAGCUCCCAGUCCUGCUUUCCCCGACCUGGGACUGCCACCCUAAUUUGUCCGUUUCACCUUUGGCCAACCCUCUCUCCCCCAAGAGAACUUUGUUUUGGACCCAGGAGACAAAACACAAACUUGCAGCUGGGAUUGGAGGCGCGUGGGAGUUGUCCUCGCUCUCACAAGAUGGGAAGGCAGGGGGCACCUGAGCCAAGCCGUCCCAUCCCCGGGACCCCUGAACCCCCCUCCCAUGUAAGAGGCAGGGGAAAUCCUGCCUCCCGCCUUCGCGGAGAGGAGCGCGUAUUCUCCCGGUCCGGAUCCGCUGGGCUCGGGGCUCGGGGCUCGGCGCGGUUAGUUCUAAGACCAGAGAAAUCGCUUCAGGGGUUUCCUGGAAGAGUUGUCCCCUGAGGGCUGCCGCAGCAUAGCUGAGGGCCGGAUCUCUGUCUACGUCGUGGAAAUCUGCCGCGAAAUGGGACCACUUAUCUUCCUACCCGCUCGCCUCCGCCCAUCCGGCAGGGGCUGGGCGGACCACAGCUUCCCGGAGCAGCCGCCCUGCCUCCUCGGCUUCUGCGGAGUUUUUUUUUUGUUUCGGGGUUUUGUUUCCUGCCUGAGGCUCCAGGCGCUGCGAGUUAGGGGAGAAGCUGCCAAGCUGGGAAGGGGACGCUUGUCCUCCACGCAAGCGAAACAAAACUCAAAGUAACCUUGUAUUGUUUACAAAGCGCCCGGAAAAUGUAAACAGUGAACUUGAAUCGGUAUUGCUUGGCGGGCGAGCCGGCAAAGCCCACUUUACAAGUACCUGUUGUAAUGUGAAUGUUUACCUUUCAUUUCUGGCCAGGUUUAGGGGAGGGAAGGGGGGAUGGGAAAGUUAAUUGGGAUGUUAACUUUCCGAUUACUUAGAGACCUUUUUAGCUAUUUAUUUUAUUGUUGGAAGGGGGAAAAAAGAAAAUGAAAUAAGCCCAACCAAGAAAGCAUCAGGGCAACCUUAGAGGGACCUAGAUAGCUGACUGGCAACAUUAAGGAGAAGUCACCGAGUAGGACAUCUUUCUAGGACGAGUCUUUCUGUGUGCUACAAGAACUUUUCCCGGAAGCUAAAGGGCUGCAAAGAGGUGUAAAUGCUUGUGAAUAGGAAUGAUUAUACACUGUGUAAAACGCACUUUUUGUUUGCUAUAUUCCUUUAGAAUCUUAGGUAAUUUGCUGGAAAACGAACUGUUGUUCUGGUGUGACCUGCUUAAGUUAAAAAAAAAAAGUUGUAGUGUCAUCAGAGCUGUACAAUUUUUACCUUUCCUUUUUCUCCCUCCCUUUACAGAAUUAGCAUGGCAUUUUAAAUAUUGAUGUUCUUGUUCCCAGCAUGCCUGUUUUAAGACAAAGAAUUUUAAAAAGGUGUCUACAUUAAAUUAUGAACCUAGUCCAAAUAAUAUUUUCUCAUUAAAAUAUGUAAAUUCAAA